UUCCUGCUUUCUUAGGCUGAUUCCUCUUGGCCUCCUAUUUGCUGCAAAUACGCUUUACUUUGUAGACAACUUCCACUGGUGUAGAGUUUUAUUUAACUCACCAGGAGGCGAGCCCACUUGGUUUGGUAUCAGGACCUCUGGACGGGAAUGGGGAUAGGGUCCCCAGGGGUCCCCAGACCCCUGAGCCACCUGCUGCUCCUGUUGCUGCUGCUGGAGGAGUCGCGGGGGUUCCCCCCUGGAGCCCACACUCUCCGCUAUGACCUCAUGGCCCUGUCCCUGGACGGACCUGAGAAGCCCCAAUUCCUGGCCCUGGGAUACUUUGAUGAUGAGCUCUUCCUGCGCUAUGAUGGCGAGAGCCAGAGGGCAGAGCCCCGGGGUCUAGGGAUCAGGAUGGACCUGGGAGCUGAGACCUGGGAGAGAGAGGCCACGAACCUGAAGGAGAAGGAGCGGCAGCUCAGACAGUUGCUGGCAGAGAUCAUGGGCCAGCAGGGCCAGGGCUCAGAUCCCCCGUCAGUGACUGUGACCCGCAGUAAGAACCUGCUGGGCAAGGUCAUCCUGAAGUGCUGGGCUUUUAGCUUCUAUCCUCGGGAUGCCACCCUGACCUGGCUUCGGGAUGGGGAUCCCAUGCACCACGGCACCUUUGGGCCUGGGACCAACCUGCCCAGUGGGGACGGGACCUACCAGACCUGGGUGGACACUCGGAUCCUCCCUGGAGAGGAGCAGAGGUUCACCUGCCACGUGGGACACUGCGGGCUGAACACCACAGUCCCUGCAGUCUCUGGUGAGGAACUGGGGGAGCCCUUGGAUUCCAGGGAGCUGGAGGCAGAGUUGGUAUAG